AUGAGAAAUAUAAACUUCAAAAUUCAAUCUUAACAGAACUCGCUUCCCAGGGAAAACUUCGUGGCAUAAACUUUUGAUAGUAGAAUGACAAGAUUCUAAACACCUAUGCAUCAGAAUAGCUAGUAGUCUUCAACUAAUACUGCUAAUACUAUGGUUCAACAACAUCUAAGAUAACAUGUCGAUUUGAAAGAAUUAUUUUAACACAUCAGGAGGAUUGAUAGGCUUUAUCAUGCUUUUAAAACAAAAUAGAGUUAACAAGAUAUUUAAAAACUUAUAUUGCAAAUUCUUAAGUAUCAGCCUAGAAUGAAACUUCAGAAAUAUGAGGUAAUUACAAUUAGAUGUUUGAUUUCAUACUAGGAUCUAUUCUAAUCCUCAGAUAAAAGAUUCAUCCUUCAUUAAGCUUAAAUAUUAGAAUAGCUAUUCGUUUACUACUUAGACUUUACCAUUAUUGAGCUAAUGGGUAUCUUCUCAAUAGAAGCUAAGCAGGCAACUGAAAAGAUCCUCUACUAUAUCUAAUAAAAUUUCAUUUCACUUAUUGAGAUUGUACUUUACAGAAUCGAUAAAUCUUAACGAGAUAAUGUAUAUCAUAUUCACAUUGUAUAACUGUUUUAGAAUUGGGCAUUAUAACUGCUUGAGAUCGUAGCAACGUUGACUGCAGGAAAUAACAAUCAAAUAGAGAAUAUAGACUAAGGACAGAUUAGACAAAGGGAAGCACUUCGCAGAAUCAAGGAUUAAAACUAGAUCAUCAUAAAUUUAUUCACUACUAAAAUUUUGCCUGCUAAAAUCAAAUCAUUUACUGCAAAUUUCUACAGCUUCAUUAAGAAUAUAGACUCGAUAACAAUGGAUUCAAUAAAAAAUUAACUUCAAAAUAUCUAAAAGUUCUGCAAAUCUAAAGUAAUUAAUUUUACCUAAAAGUUAUAGAUGAAUGAAAUGAAUGAGCAUAUGGAAUUAGAUGAAUCUUAUGACGAGGAUUAUGAUGUUGGAGGUUAAGAAUCUAUUUUUGAUGUAGCUGCAUUAUAGCAAACUUAAGUAGAUUUCAAUUAAAGUAAUCCUUAAAUUUUCAUUAAUAUUAUAGCUAAAAAAGAAAGCAAAGUCAAGAAUAUGGAAAGAUUCCUAGGUCGACUUUAAUAAGAAAAACAAGGUGGUUUCUUACCCAAGCUUCAACCAGAUGUAGAACAGGAGACCUAUACCUUAGUUUUGGAUUUAGAUGAGACAUUGAUUCAUUUCGCUUCUUCUUUUGAACUAUAACAAUCAGGAGUCUUCUAAGAUGAAGAGUCGCAUCUUAUAGAUGGAAACGGAAAAAAUUAAAUGAUGCAUUAAUCAGGGGAUAUGGUCUUAUUUAGACCUCAUUUGCAUGAAUUCCUAGAAGAAGUGUCUUAAUAUUUUGAAAUCGUAAUAUUUACGGCUGCUCUUUAAGAUUAUGCAGACUACAUAUUGGAUAAAAUUGAUCCCAAUCAAGACCUAAUUAAAUAUAGACUUUAUAGAUAGCAUACUAACUUCAGAGAAAAAGAUGGAGUUUACUUAAAAGAUUUAUCAAGGAUUGGAAGGGAUCUAAAAAGAACGAUAAUUCUUGAUAAUGUUAAGGAAAACUUUUAGUUAUAAAGAGAAAACGGAGUUUUCAUUAAGACAUGGUUGAAUGAUCAAGAGGACACAGUACUUUUGGAUAUUUUACCCUUGUUGAAACAAAUUGUCAUUGAAAAAGUGCCAGAUGUAAGAGAAACGCUUAGAAGAUAUAGAGACAGUGUUAUGAGGCAUAUUUAAUUAAAGAAAGUCAUUCAUAUUGAUAAUAAACAGCUUUUGAACAAUUAAUUGAAUGAGACUCAUAUGAGAGUCACUACACCUGGGAUAACAAAUAAUAGCUAUUAAAGCAGAUUCUUACCUAGUCCUCUAAGUGAGGAGAAUAUUUGA